AUGGAGGAACUUCUGGGAACCAAUCGCCCUAUAAAGCAUGUCAGUCGGAAGGCUUUGUACACCAGACUGGAGGCGCGCAUCAAUUAUCUUCGCGAAUUCUUGGACUUCAAUGCAGCCGACGUCGAGGCCCUCACCACAGGCUCCAAGUACAUUAAAGCAUUGAUCCCGGCCAUUGUCAACAUCGUGUAUAAGAAGUUGCUGGAACAGGAUAUCACGGCCCGCGCCUUCAUCACCCGUGACACUUCCGAUGAGACCCCGAUCGAAGAUUUCUACUCGGAGGAGAGCCCUCAGAUCAUGCGACGGAAGAUGUUCCUGCGGUGGUACUUGACCAAGCUCUGCUCCGACCCCACGCAGAUGGAGUUCUGGCGUUACCUGGACAAAGUAGGUAUCAUGCACACGGCCUCGGAGCGGAUGCACCCCCUCAACAUCGAAUACAUCCACAUGGGAGCCUGCCUGGGCUUUAUCCAAGACAUCUUCACCGAAGCGCUGAUGUCGCAUCCUCACCUUUCCCUUCACCGCAAAGUGGCUCUGGUGCGAGCCAUCAGCAAAAUCAUCUGGAUCCAAAACGACCUCAUCGCCAGGUGGCGAAUCCGCGACGGCGAGGAAUAUGCCGACGAGAUAUCCACGAUCCCGACCGACGACAAGGAGGGCUAUGUCGGCGAGAAGAAGAUCCUGGGGGAUAGCAGCGCGUCCACCAGCUCGAGUGACGACGAUCGCUCCAGUAUCGCCAGCAGCUGCGCGCCUUCGGCGGCCUCGGCCUGUCCCUUUGCAGAUCUAGGGAAAUCAGUGUCGGAGACCAAGAUCUGGGCUGGGAAAUGAAUCAAAAGUUAAGAGGAUAUCCGCAUCGGACAGCUCACAUUAGGCGUCUCGAUGAGGUAUCUGGAUUCAGGGGCACAACGGGUUUAUUAGCCGGCGCACUGUUCAGGAUUAUUAGAGUUUGGGACUCGUUUUUAAAUUGUUCAUGGUUAUUUUUGGGGUUGGAUCUGAGAAAAAAUUGUCUGCGUCUUGGGU